AGUUGCCUUUCUGAUAUUAAAAUAAAGAUUCUCCUCGCGGGAACGCAUGUCGUAUUUGGCGCGCCUCCAUUUGGACGCUGUAUUCUACACAGACAAGCGACAAGAACGGAGUUUGUGUUUGGCAUCUCUAAGUUAUACGAAAUACUUCGAAGCAGCAACAACGUAUAUUUACUGAAAAGCAAAAUCAACGUUUAUAUAAACAUCUUUGUUGAAUGAUGAAAAAUUCACUUCUUAUUUUUGGAAUAUUCCUAAUUUUUCUGAACUUCGCUGCCGGCAUCCGUUGCCCGGAGAUCUGUGACAAGACAAAAUGCGAAGAGUCGACGGUACCUUGUGGUAGCGGUAAAUUUGUAAAAGAUGAGUGCGACUGCUGUGAUGUUUGUCUGCGGUCUGUUAAUGAAAUCUGCGGUGGACUUCGUAGCAGCUUCGGCAAAUGUGAAACGGGCUUGGAAUGUGUGAGCGAUAACAGUGAAGCUUUUAUGACUGAUGAUGGAGACGGGAGGAACGGAGAUGAUGAUGUCAUUGGAGUAUGCCAAGGAGCACAAGACUGUAUUCUCUCUCCUUGGUCGCCGUGGUCCAGAUGUAGUGAGCAAUGUGGUUUUGGAACAAUGAAACGGCGGCGUCUGAUUGUGCAGGCACCUAAGAAUGGCGGGAAGGCAUGCCCUAUGAGACACGAAAAGAAGGGAUGUUUCAACCAGAACUGCAAAGGAGAUAUGGUUUUAGCGCAAAUACUUCCUGCCGAAUAUCGCCACCAGUCGUACGCCACAAACAAAUUUGAAACCAUUCUGCCAGAGAAGAAAGAGCUAACACAAAUUCAGAAAAUACGUAAAAGAUUCCGUAGUCAUUGUGUCAACUUUAAACUUAUGUCGAAACACCCGUAUUGCAAAGGCACAUGGGCCGAAAAACUCAAGUUAUCCAAACCGAUGUGCGUUGAAUGUCAGCCAGCCAUCAUGGAUGAUAAAGGCUUCUGUAAAGGCGAGGGAAUUGUGGGUAACUUCACAUCUUGGGUAGCGACAGACGCGAAGAGCUGCAGUGGACUGUGGAUGAGGGUUGGAGAGAAAAUUCCUAACUGUAAAUGUGUCGAUCAGAAAUUCCAAAAUUUUAUUUUCGUCUAAGAUUUUGGUACCGAAGACUAAAUCACAGAAUUUAGGUAAAAAUUGUUUAGUUUUUGUAUUGAAGUCUAUAGACAUGAAUUCUAGAUGUGCAAUGAAAUCUUCUGAUAUUGAGCAAGUGACACAUUGCUUCUUGCAAAAACGUGCAGAAAAGGUGAAUGUGUUUUUUUUCAAACUUUUUAAAGAAUUUUUUACUUUUAAUUUCGAAUGAACUUAUAAAACAGUCUGCCACGCGUCACGGUCUUGGAGUCGUGACUGUUUUUAACUGAAUUUUUUAUUAAAAUCUUUUUAUAAAUAUAAAGUAUAUAGUUUCAUUAAUAUAGUUCGCUCUAAAUCUUAACCACAUAUUACUUUCCAGGCCAAUAAAUUUGACCACAUUAUACAUAGUUAUAGAAUAUUUUAAUUUUUUUAAUAAAUUUUUCUAUUAUAUUA